AUGAAAACUUUAACAAUUUUCUUGGGAUUAGCAUUGAUCGCUGCUGUAUAUGCUGGUCAUGCAUCAAGCUACGUUUCUCAACAUGAUAGUUCAGUAGGUGGAUACUCUCAUGGCGGUCAUGAUGGCGGUCAUGAUGAUCAUAAGGAUUAUUACCAUCACCCAUCAUACAAAUUCGAAUAUGGAGUUAAAGAUCCACACACUAAAGCCCCCCCCAGCCAAUGGGAGCACAGAGAUGGCGAUCACGUUAAAGGAGAAUACAGCUUGGAUGAAGCUGAUGGCACCAAACGUCUCGUCAAAUAUCACGCUGAUGGAAAAUCAGGUUUCCACGCUGAGGUUGAAAGAAUCGGUCACGCCCACCACCCAGAACACUACAAACAAGAAUCUCAUCAUCAUUACUAG